CGCCAAAAUCGAUCAUCCCUCCCCCUUUCUUCUCAGCCUUGGAAAGCUCGUCCCCAUUGCACGAGCCAAGGCCCGGCCACCCACUUGCCCGUGAACGAUGGGGGCCAUGCUCCGGUUUGGUUUCUGUCAUUUUGCUUCCUCUGCUGCUGCGGCCGCCAUCUCGCGUCAGCCCAGGCCUCCGGUUUCCGGCCAUUUGGUCCAACUGUCAUGACUGAAGGCUCAGGGAGCCUCCAAGUUUGAGCCGUCGUCAUGAUGCGGAGGCGGAUCAGGCUGACGCUAGUCUCCAUAUCUGCCCUGCUUGCAUUUGCCAUAUUUGGCGGCAUGCUGCAGGGUCGGUUAUCAGGGAGCGCAGGCAUAUCCGACCCGACGCUCAGAAACGGACGUUUGGCUGCUGGGACGGCUUGCGCGUUCGACACUUCCCACUUCGCCGAUAUCAAGCAACGAUAUGGCAUCGAUGACCAGUUCGACUACCACGCUCGAAUCGUCAGCUUUCGGCGUCGCCAAGGCCUCGAGCGGAAGAGCAUGACGGUUCUCCCGCAGGCGUUACUGAGCACAAACACGGUGCCGAUCGACAUCACGAAGCAGGUCAACGCAGGCACCGUCAAUGGCGACUGCCCCAAGCCCAUACAAGUCGAGGUCCCGGUUUCCGGCCUGGCCUCCAGCGUCGUGGCUUCGGACUUUGCGUUCGGCGUAUCGACUACAUUCAAACGACUAAAUGAGUCGCGCGUUGACAUGAUCGGUGACUGGCAAUACUGGCUCACGAAUGGCCAUGGCGUCAGUAAUGGCGCCAAGCUGUUCCUCAUACUUGAGGAGGCUAGCGACGAGGAGCUCCGCGACGCUCGCACAAUUCUUCGCGAUGCCGGAAUUGAGGCCCAAGUCGACCGAUCAAACGAACCACAUAUGCCCGUUCGAUACAUCAACCUCGUUCCGCACCUAUAUCGACAGGAGGAUUCUCGACACAGAAAGUGGCUAGUAUUAUGCGACGACGACACGUUCUUUCCCAGCAUGCAUAGUCUGAUUCGGAGCCUCGGCGCCUUUGAUCACUCUAAAGAUCUUUAUAUCGGCACGCUCUCGGAAGACGUCGGUGCUGUUGAGCGACAUGGUUCUCAAGCAUUUGGUGGAGCCGGCGUGUUCUUAUCAUUACCAAUGGCCAAGAAGAUUACAGACUCUAUCAGCGUUUGCGCAUCGCCGCAGAAGGUGGAGGAGGCGGGAUGGCAAGGCGACAAGCUCUUGCGUAAUUGCAUCUACGAAAACAGCAACGCACGACUUGUUGUAUUGCCGGGCCUCUGGCAGCUGGACUUCCGAGGCGACGCGGCAGGAUUCUACGAGUGGGGUCACAAACCGCUCUCGCUUCACCAUUACCGAGGUGGUGGCUGGCACGAGGCUCGACCUUUGCAAUUCAGCAAAAUCGCCUACACCUGCGGCGAGGACUGCAUCUUGCAGCGUUUCCAGACCUCCGAUGACUUCAUCAUUUCCGGGCACUCCAUUGCUUACUACCCUGCGGGCAUCACGUUCGAGACAAGUCAGGUCGAACGUACGUUUGAGGCGCUGUGGGAAAAGGGUUGGAAUUUCGAUUUCGUGUUUGGGCCUCAGCGGCCGCCACUGAAGAAGGGUGGCGAGAAGAUCUCGUGGACGAUCCAAGGGUCGGAGAUCCAACCCGAUGGCUCAGUAUUGCAAACAUACCUGAGGAACAAGGACGAUACCCGCUGGGAGGGUGUAGGGCAUCGGCAGAUGGGUGACCGCGAUAGCGUGAUUGAGCUGAUCUGGGUGCCGUCUCCCACCUGAACAUGCUCUUUUUUUGCAUCAUCUGGAGGGCAUACAUGCAUCGGGCAAUCAAGACCUUUGUAUAAGGCAGGCUUCGGGGCGUUCUUUGGUGGUUACAAUACAUGACUGGCGAUAUGCAGCUCGUGGCUGAACAGGGUCACGUUCCCGUAAUCCAGAUAUUGGGCUAGCACAAAGUCGAAGUAUGCUCUACACAUCAUGUGAGGUAUCAUGCAGCUUAAAUUCAAAGUACCGACUUCAAAC